UUUGAUUGUCAGAUAGGUAGAUCCAAGCAUCCAAUACAUGUACUUUCAAGAAGAAAAUUCACGAAUAAUAAGAAAAUAUGAGUUUACAAACAACUACCACAACAACAUCACAGGACGCCUGUUACAUUUCAUUGCUGGGAUUAGCUGAAUACUUCCGUACUUCACAACCUCCAGAUAUAAAAAAAUGCAUUCAGUGUCUGCAGGCUUUGUUUACAUUCAAUCCACCUUCCAAGGUAGAGGCGCGCACGCAUUUGCAAAUGGGGCAGAUUUUGAUGACUUAUACAAAUAACGUUGACAUGGCUCGUGGCCAUUUGGAAUCAGCCUGGAGGCUAUCGGAACCUUUAUUGAACUUCGACGAUGUGAAAUUUGACACUGCUUCGCUGCUGGCGGAGCUUUAUAAACGUACAGACCAGGUUCCACUGGCGAAAGCUAUGCUAAGGAAAGCCAUUGAAUUAUCACAGAGCAAUGUUUUUUGGCAUUGUAAGAUGCUACUCCAGUUGUCGCAGUUACAUGCAAACGACAAAGAAUAUACCUUGGCAUCGGAGCUUUUGGCUGUGGGUGCCGAGUCUGCACAAGAAUCCAGCGCAACAUACCUAAAAGUGCUGUUUUUGCUGUCGAGAGCUAUGAUACUGAUGAUUGAACGUAAAACAAAUGACGUGUUAGCCUUGCUUAAUUCCGCGGGUGCUAUAAUUGACAACAGCAUAACAAACCCUCAUCAGAAGGAGUAUUUAAAGGUAUUCUUUCUGGUUCUUCAAGUCUGCUAUUACUUAGCUCUAGGUCAAGUGAAAACCGUUAAGCCCAGCUUGAAACAACUACAAAUGUCUAUACAAACUAUAAUGGCGCCAAACUGGCCUGCGGAUGAAGUAAUUUUCGGACAAAAUCCAAUGGAUAUGUUUGUUUGGUUACCCAAAGAACAACUAUAUGUUUUGGUGUACUUGGUAACAGUAUCUCAUUCUAUGAUGGCUGGCUACAUGGACAAAGCACAAAAAUACACCGAAAAGGCACUGACACAGAUAGAAAAACUUAAAAGCCAAGAUGAUAAACCAAUUCUUUCUGUUUUUAAAGUUAUAUUAUUGGAGCAUAUAGUAAUGUGUCGCAUGGUAAUGGGCAACCGUGAAUUGGCUAUUACCGAAAUAUCAAUAUGUAGAGACGUGUGCUUGUCUUCUGGCCCCAAAAGUCUAAUGCGUAGGCAUUCCGCUCAAUUGCACUGUUUGGUGGGAUUAUAUGCAAUGUCAACUAGUUUCUUUGAACAUGCCGAAAAGCAAUUUCUUACAUGCGUCGCACAAACUAGCGAACGCGAUUUAAAAUUAUUUGCAAAUCUUAAUUUGGCAAUUAUUUACUUGAGAACUAAACGAGAUCAAGAUCUAAAACAAAUUUUGGACGCAGUUUCUACUGAAAAUACUCAUACCUACAGUUCGCAAGCCCUGAUGGGUGGUUUCUACUAUGUCCAAGGUCUUCAUUCUUUUCACAAAGGCAGUUUUCAUGAAGCAAAACGCUUUUUGCGGGAGACUUUAAAAAUGGCUAACGCCGAAGACUUAAAUCGUCUAACUUCUUGUUCUUUGGUACUAUUAUCUCAUGUUUUUCUCAGUAUUGGAAAUUCGAAGGAGAGUAUGAACAUGGUGACCCCUGCAAUGCAGUUAGCUUCAAAAAUUCCUGACAUUCAUGUACAACUUUGGGGUUCCGCUAUUCUGAAAGAUCUGCAUCGGAUGUCAAAAGAUGUUCUUCACGAAAAAGAAGCCUAUGCAAAUCAUGUUAAAUACUCCGAAAACCUUAUAGCUGACCAGCUCAAGUGUGUACAAAGUGUACACCAUGCCCUCAUAGAUUGGCUGGAAGAUGCACCUCAAUUUGCCUAUGGCCAGCAACAAGAUCAUCCUAGUACAAAUGUGCAGGCGAUCCCAAUUUUGCCUUCAACAAUUAUUCAAGAGAUUCCUGCACAUCCCACUCCAUCGACAUCUGGUCAAACACAUCUAAUGCUACAGAAUUUAAAUCAAAUGAUGACACCUCCUAUACAACAACAAUUUCAUAGCCAGCACUAUUAAAACAUUUUUAAACAGGUCUGAAAAAAUGGUUUAAAAAUAAAUCUGCCAACUAUAUACAAAUGUAA